AUGUCUCUCAGGCGUGACGUUGAUGCUAUUCAGAACACCAUCCUCGAUAAAAAGAGGAGUUCUCUGCUCAUUAAAGUGGAAUUCAGAGAAGCAACGCUAUUAUCAUCAAUUAAGAUUCUUCUCGAAAUCAGCUGCUUCUCAUACGAAUGUUCCGCGAACAGGAUCGACAGAACCGCGAAUAGCAAGAAAGGGUCAAGCAGGGUCGACACAAACCGCGGACUUCCAAGCGAGCAACAGACGCCCCCAAGCGAGCAACAGAACCCCCCAAGCGAGCGACAGAACCGCCCAAGCAAGCAACAGAACCGCCCAAGCGAGCCACACAACCCCCCAAGCGAGCGACAGAACCGCCCAAGCGAGCAACAGAACCGCCCAAGCGAGCCACAGAAACCGCCCAAGCGAGCCACAGAACCGCCCAAGCGAGCAACCAGACCCGCCCCAAAAAGCGAGUUGAAUUUCCAAGAAAGGGUCACCAAUCCGAGAAGACCGCCAAACAGGCACGAUUCUCAUGGAAUCAGAAAAAAAGGAUGCGAAAAAGAAGAAAACGGAAAAGAAAGUCAAGGAAGACGGAAACCACCAUAUCACCAAAGAGAUGGUAUGAGAAGAGCAGGAUCCAUUCCGCCCAUUCGCCGAGUUCCCUUCCUGUGA